AUGAACUGGCUGGCUGUGCUGCAUCAGCCGAGGAGCCUUCUUGAAGGGGCACUAAUUCUUCAAGAUGCUGAUGGGAAGCAACUGAAUAAAAGUAUAACCUUCACUAAAAGCAGUCAAUCUGCUUGCUAUCAUGGCUUCGCUGAAUCUCUCUCUCUCUCUCUCUCUCUCUCUCUCUCUCUCUCUCUGACUCCAUUCACUCUUUCCAAUCUCCUCAUAUCUCACACUUUGUCUCCUUCGCUCUCCCCAUAUUUUUUUGCUUACGUUGUUCUUGACCGACUGUCAAUAUGGCUUCAACUUAAAAUCCUUGUCUCAACAUAUCUCUCUCUCUCUCUCUCUCUCUCUCUCUCUCUCUCUCUCAGACACUUUCUGUCAUUCUUACCUCCUUUCUUUCUCCUCUCUCUUUUUCUUUAUUUCUCAACAUGCGCAUUCUCUUUCCCUUUUGGUCUUUUCACUCAUUCUCUACACAUGCACAUGUUUCUAUCUCUCUCUCUCUCUCCUUUCUCAUACCCCUCGCAUUCACUCUAA